GUCUCCCUCCAUGUCACAAAAUUAAAGAUUGUUAUACCUAAAGUUCAAUCGCGUACAAUUCAAUAUCCAAUAAGUCAGCAAGAGAAAAAGUAGUCAGCGAGAUGUACGGUCGUAUAUAUCUCGCGGCGGCAUUAUGGGCACUGGUGCUCCAAAGCGCCGUGGUGCAAAUCACGGCUAUUCAGCUCUCCUUUUCAGCGUUCAAUGAGACUGCUGGCGAUUGGGUCGCCCCGAGGGAGGGCCAUGGAAUGGUGACGUUGAAUCACUCGGUCAUUGCGCUGUUUGGGGGCCAGGAAGAUAGAUACAUGAUGAGCAAUGAUCUUUUCUUCUUCUACCCCAACUUGGGAACUCACGGAACAUGGAAAUCCAUUAACGCAGAUCUAACUGGGCCUCUUCCUCCGCCACGAUAUCACCCAGCCCUAACCGCUGCGGGAAAAUCCGACAGCAUUCUUGUUCUUCACGGCGGCAUGAGCGAGGAUCUCUCUGCAUUGGACGAUGUCUGGAUUCUAGACACGAGUAAGAGGCCCAUGGGAUGGCAAUCUGUCAAUGGAUCGGUCGGAGCCCGCUGGGGACAUUCGCUGACAACCGUUUCAGAGGAUCUGGUUGUGUUGUUUGGUGGGUACGACGGGACUUCCUUCUACAACGACAUCCGAGCUUUCAACCUGACCACAAAGCAAUGGCACACUCCCACAACUCUCAGCGCCAAGCCUUUUGCACGGGCUUGGCAUACAGCCUCCUGGGUUGCCUCGCAAGGAGCACUGAUCGUUGUGGGCGGACAAGGACAGGACUGGAUGCGGAUGGUGGAUGUGAAUCAUAUUGUGCCAAAAACAAAGGAGUGGGUGGCAAUGAACGUGGUCUUUCCGAACUUGGCCGGAUCGGAAACACCUGGACCACGGUGCGAACACUACGCGUUUCCGUACUUUGACAGUAUCGUUCUUGGAGGAGGUGUCUCAAACGUUGAUCCUGACCCUAGAAAAUAUCGCGUCUUCAAAACCGAUCACUGGCUCUACAACGUCACCACCCAAACUUUCUCCCAUCUGUCCAUUGACAAUGUCCAAGAAAUUGACAGCAACGAUAUCGUUCCCGUCGCACGCCACAAUGAUCCCGUUACGACUCCUUCUAUGGCUGCCAAGGCUAGUCGUGUUGGAACGUCGUUGUUCGUGGUGGGUGGAAUGGAUAAGUUCUGGUUGCAGAUGGAUACGGUGGCACAUCUUUCCCUUGGAUCUGAUAGCUGCGAGCCCGGGACAGUGUACGUAAACGCAACAAAAACCUGCGAAGCCUGCCCACCAGGGUCAUUCAGUUUCACAGCUGGCGCAACCCAGUGUCAACACGCGCCAGCAGGGUACGUUGUAAAACUCAACGGAGGAUGGGAACCUGAGGCAUGCCCAGCUGGAACAUUUGCAUCGGAUACGGGGUCCGUCAGCUGUGUUCCCUGCGCAGCAGAAACUUACUCUGAUCCUGCAAGUUCCACCUGUAAAGCUUGCCCAACUGGGACAACCACCAACGGGCAGACCGGCGCUGCACAAUGCACUUUCGUGAACAUCGUGUACAAUGAAAGGGAGGUGGACCAGACGGUUCGCUUGGCUAUGACGGUCAUUGCAGCGUUAUUGGCAACUCUGUCUGCUGUAAUUGGGGUCGUAGCCUUUGUUCAGAGGAAGUCAAAGGUGUUUAUUGCCGCUUCUCCGACAUUCUUGUACUUGAUUGCUCUCGGGGCCGUAUUAUCGUACCUUGCGGUGCCGGUCAGAUUCUCGGUCUCGUCCCUGUCGUGCAUGGCGUCCGAGUGGUUAAACCAUAUCGGAUUUGGGCUCUUGUUUGGAAGUCUCUUAUUCAAAGCCUACCGCGUCGGCCUCAUCUUCAAAUCAAAACCUCACAAGCUCAUGUCCCGUUCGCCACUCACGGACCGUAAGCUCCUCAUGUACCUCUCUAUACUUGUUUCCGUCCUCGUUUGCUACCUCAUCGUCUGGACCAUCGUUUCUCCCGUUCGGGUGGACAUCAUCUCGCAAACUAUCGACAUCUCUCACGUGGACGAAUAUCUGGCAUGCGAGCAGGGGAAAAUUCAGCUGGGAAUACUGGGAGUCGAGCUAGCAAUUCUACUUUGGGGAGUUUAUGUCGCCCUCCGUAUGCGAGGAACUCCAUCCGCGUAUAACGAAGCACAGUAUAUCGGGCUUAGUAUUUACAACUUUUUGUUUGUGUGCACUUCGCUAGAGGUUUUACAGAGAACGGUUGUCACAGGUGCCAAUAUAGGCUUCAUACUCUACUCGGUCCGUAUCUUUGUCUCUGUCACAGGAGUUAUUGGCCUCAUUUUCGGGCCCAAACUGGUCAAAGUCGGCUUCAACCUAUCGGGAAGUAGCACCAAAGGAAGCGACAGUGACGACAAUAGCGAUUCGGAACCAUCGGUUUCCAAAGCUUUUGGAGGCCCCAGUACGAUUCUGCGAUCGGGUGGCAAUCCUGUUGGUUUGACCCGGUCAACGACAAGUGGCGGCGCAGCUCCAAACGAAUCGUUGAACAGGCAUGGGGGUUCCGCCAAUGUUGGUUCCGUUCUUCCGGCUGGAGCGAUGAAAAGUGCCGCGAUAUCCUCUCAAGAGGUUUCCUAGAUAAGGAUGCAAUAAGUAAAAGUUACACGGCCGUUGCGCCUACUUUGUGGUAAACGUCAGAAUAUAUACCCAGUUUUCUAUCUA